AUUAAUAAUGUUCCUUUGUGUCAGCGUAUGAAUAAAAGCAAAUGCAGGACUAUUUUUAUGGCGUAUGUUUACACGGCGUGUUAUUACUUCCGACAUCCGAAUGUAUAUCAUUACAGUUUUGUGAAUAUCAUUAUAUUAAUGCUGUAUUAAUACGCAUAGUAGGUGACUUUCUUUAAAAUAAAUUAACUUGUCAGUGUGUGCGAGAUAUAUUUGUCCUAUUUUUGAACCUGUAGCGUUAUAAUUAGAUCUAACAUAUAAAUAUAUAGUUACAAAAAAGGAUGCUAUAAAUCAUGCAAAUUAGAUAGUGCUCGAUUAAAAUAUCUAAAAAUAGCAGGAAGAAAUUUACGACAAAUAAACCGCCACAUUUAGAAUGUCAGUAUCAAACGAGAAGAGACGUUUAUGUAUAUGUUAUUUUUUGUUUAUAUUUUGUUACACGUUAUUGUCUCUAUUAUUAUUUGAUAUAUAUGGCGGAUUCCAUUAUAAGGACGGUGUCCCUUCCAGUAGACCAUACGAGGCGGAAAUAGGAAUGUUUUCCAUCUCUGACGAACUAUAUGACGAAUAUGGAAAAUUACAUAUACGCAGGGAAAUAACUGGAUAUAUCAUGGAAAUACGAAUAUUGUCGUGUAAUAUUAAAAUUAAUAAUGGAACUUGUUUAGUUUCGUAUACAGAUUAUCCGUCGGUCAUGGCGUUCGUUUAUGUUGCCCUGUUCUGGCAUUUACUUCUCACAUUGUUCAUUUAUACACCUGUAACCAUCUUGCCUCUUUUCUCAACAAAGAGGCUGUGUAAUUUGAGGGAACGAGCACUGGAUAGGGUUGCAGUUACAGCGUUUAUUUUCAAAUGUGGGGUCCACGUUAUGGGAUACGUCAUAUAUGUGUUGAUGGUAGGACAAGACGUUGGGUUCUCCUGGAAUAAUUUGACAUAUGUUGUUAAAAUUGGUAUUGCCAAUGCAUCCAUUAGUCCUAUAAUAUUUGUGACUCUUAUUAUAGUGUAUAUCAAGAAACAUAUGCAUACGAGGGAAGAGGGAUUGCUUUACAUGAAAUAUACGAAGAUACGAUUAAAAACAAUACGUUCUAGUCAUAACUCAGACACUGUAUUACACAAAACUAAUGCUCAAAGAAUCAUGAAAUCCAAGAGUACAGAAACUAUCUAUCGCCCAUUAGAAGAUCUUAGUGUUGCCAAUGAAAUUAAGAAAAUGAUUGAACAGCUCUGGAAACCUGCAAAAGUUGGUAUCGGACGUGAUGCCAAAGGUCUAUAUCACUCAUCAAUUAAAAUCGUUGACAUCAAGUUAAUUGGUAACAAAGAGGUGUUUCAUUUAUACUCACAACGUAAAAGAAUGAUACAAAAAUUUGCUUCAACCAUUGGAGGUAAACUUAUUCCACCUGAGAAAUAUUCAGCCGAGAUUGGUCCAAUUCAAACAGCUAAACUUUUAAAAAGUGUCCCGUUCUUAGUAAGGAACUUAAACAAUGAUAUAAAUGAACAUUACUUAUUCCAUGGAACGCCAGUGUCGAAUAUUGCAUCAAUCCAGAAGUAUGGUUUCUUCAUGGAAAAAUACAAGCAUUCAAUGUUAGGGAAAGGAAUUUAUUUCACGGAAGAUCCAGUUAAAGCCGACCAAUAUACAGGAAAAGAAAAUGACGUCAUCGAUGACGCCACCAAUCCAUUGUGUUGUAUGAUACUGUGCAGGGUGUUGCUAGGCGAUAGUGUGAUACAAAAGCGUCACGUGAAAAAUCCUACAAUCACUUCUACAGCUACCUCAGCGCCGUGUAAAACAUGUUUUAAACCAAACCCACAUUGCAAGUGUAGAAGGUCUAUUAAAUUUGAUUCUGUGAUUUUUGAAGGAUUGCUAUUCCGGGAGUUCGUAGUUUAUGAAACGUGUUUAUGUUUCCCGGAGUUUGCUAUCUUAUACAACAGAGUCAAAAGCAAUGCAUAUACUUUGCAAUUAGGUUGACAAGUUUUAAAGCAGCAGGCCUCCAGAAGAUAACAGAAAUACGAAUGUUUCAAAAUCCCUCCUCAAAAACAUUAUAUAGUUUAAAGAAAUAGAAGUGACACUUCAAAAUGUUUAUAUUUUAACAUUCUUGCUCUGAAAACCAACAGUUUGCUUUUCCGCCAACGGAAAACACCUUCAGUUUUUCUCCCACGGAAUUCCUUCAUCCGGGUUUUUUUUCUAGUAUAGACAGUAUCGCGACCAGUGAUCCGGAACCCACAGAAUGCGGGAUCGUAUCAAACUUAGAGGGGAACGAAUAAACUGCUUUGGUUUUGAUAUUUGUAAUAUUCUAUGGCACUAAAAUUAUAAUUGAUUAAUUUCAUAAUAUAAAUGAUGACCAAUAUAUCGAUUUAAACUUAAACUUAUUGCAUACACAAAGUGGCACCAGCGUUCGUACCACAAAAAUCAGUUUGUCUCUGUCCUUAUCAUAGUUAAGAAACGGAAAUGUGUUGUCAGUGUCUCUUAGAAAUGUUUAAUAAAUUUUGAUUAAACUUUCAUUCAUUGAUAUUAUUUCACUUGAAAAGGUAUCUUGAAUUGAUAUUUGUGUUUAUAAUUUAAACAUUAAUUGUUGGCACGUUUUGUGAAUUGUAAAUAAAAGACCACCCGUUAGUUACCAACAAAUGAUAUCAAGUUACAUGUCAGUAGAUCAACUUUAAUAACAUCAGCAAUAAAUACCAUAGGUACUACAGUGAGGACACAAAAAUUGGCAAAAAUAAGGUCGGCAGAUGGUGGAGAUAGGUCUGAAGUCGACUUGGUGGCAACUGGAACAAAUGCCCUACGCUACAAAAAAGAAAUACACAAAGAACAAAUCGAUGGUCAAGAAAACGACCAUGCCACGCGGAAAUUUCACGGACAUAUUGAUUGGGUUUGGGCUUAAUAAUGUGCAAGACAGACCCUCUAAACUUGUAGAAAAUCGAAUUUGCAAAGAAAUCAGACUAACUGUCUAUUAACGGCUCGUUCUAGAAUAUUGGCUUUAUAAAAGUAAAUUUCUGAAACUUUA